AUGCCAAAUGAUGAAGAUAUUCUGGAAGCACUUCGUUCUUCCAUUGGUUUAGUAGCUCUGGUUUAUAUCUGUCGAUUAUAUAUUAAAUUAUUAACUUUUCCAUCGACAAUUUUAUCAUCUACUUCUCGAACAGAGCUCAUAAAACAAGCAGUAAAUGAUCGUUAUAACAGCAACCAUACAACUGAAAAUAUUAUGAUGGUAACAAACAUGAUCGAAAUAAAUAAAGAUAUUGUUAAUCGAGCACUGUUACUAUCGGAUUUUCAUGAAAAUACUAUCAAACCCGAUAUAAAUCAUAUUUCAAUGGACGUUGUAAAUGAUUUGAUUUUAUUUCCAUUCACCAACACCUGUGUUAAUUGCACAAAAUUACUUACUUCGUAUCGUUACAAAUUAAUUCAUAUAAUCGACUGUUUUAAAAUUCUUCGAGCAAUAGCUGUAACUGCUGAAUGUAAACCAUGUUCGCUAAUUUAUAAUCAUUCCUCUUGGUAUUCAUUAAAAUAUCGUUGGCGAAAGAUCAAUGGUUUAUCAUUAAAUAGUACACUCAAAGUGUUUUACUUAUGUGAUUCAUUUGGAUUUACAUUUUCGGUUUUUUUCGAUUAUACAUGCCAACUUUUACAUGAUCAAUGCCCAUUUCAAUCGUUUUCUCGAAUACUUAUUGAUCGAUAUCAUUAUGAACACCAAAACUAUAACAUCAUUUUACAACCUAUACCAUUAGCAAAACUAUUUCAAGGUCAUUGGUUAUUAUAUCAAAUUGUACGCUUCGAAUUCAUGUUAGGACGAUCUCAAAUAGUUAAUUUACCAGUUUCACUUAAUAGAAAUGAACUUAAUUAUCAUUUCGAAACGUAUUCUGGUUGGUGGUACCAUUUAUUUACUACAUUUUGGUCAAGACAUAAGUCAAUUCCAAAUAUAAAAUGUUCUCCUUCGGAUUGUAGCCGGUGUGUUAUCGUUGAUGGUCAUCAAAAGUGUCGGCGAUUAGUAUGUAACUUUAAAAACGUUGUUGAUACUUCUAUUGAAGAAAUGACUGCAAUUGAAAUUGGUUGUCCAUAUACACCUUGCCGAAGAACAGAAUCAUCAAAUUCAGUUGAUUCAAUUUAUUGUCGAUAUCAUCAACCAUCAAUUCUUUUGUCACCUUCACUUGACCUGAAAAAAGCUGGUGAUAUGGCUGCUCAGUUCUCGACAUGGGAUAAAGAUUUUUUAUCAGUCCAUAAAAGUCAAUGCCAAAACUAUCGUAAUGAUAGUGAAGAAAUUAGUAAAAACAAAACAUAUGGUAUAUUAGCAUCAUAUCAUCCAUGUGGAGUUGCAAUUGGUUUUAUGGAAGCAGUUAAAGCUGAAGGUGUGUCCUUUUGA